AUGCUGCGUCUUCGCGCUCUCAGCGGUGAGCAGCUUUUCGUAGUGAACCCGCUGGAGCAAACAUCCUCGGACAACGUGCUGAAUACGUUAAGGUCCAUGGUGGCUGGUCACUUUGGAAUCCUUCAGGGUCGUGUGGACCUUCAUUCCAUGGAUGAGUCUCGGCCAAUCGGCCGGUGCGUUGUUUGGCAGAAUUCCGAACAUUUCUUGGCAGGCCAGGAUUUGGAUGUUCUGAUGCUCCUGCGACCAUUUCGAUCUGGCUGUGAGGACGAGCUGGUCUCUGCCAUACAGAGCGAAGACGGGAACUACGUGGAUCGGCUGCUUGCAAGCUGGGUGGAUCCGAACGUUGACUUGACGGAUUAUGGUGGUCUCAGGAACCACCGCUCUCUGCUGCGCUUGCAGCGUCUACAAUGUGCAGAUGGCGCAAUUCUUGGUCUUCUGCUUAGCUUAGCUGAUGUCAAUCGCCGAGACUGGCAAAUGGACUCGCCUUUGCUCAUUGCUGCGUCGAUGGGUUCCAGGUCCUUGGUGCAGGUUCUGUUGCGAAAUGCGGCGGACGUCACCCAGGAAGAUGGGUUGGGUCGUGGUCCCAUCGAGAGGUGUUUCAUGGACUCUUCGAUCGAGCCAGUCCUGUCUCUGAUGCGAGCUAGAGCUACGGUGCGACCUUACACGCACAACUGUCAUCUCCUUCAUCAAGCCGCUGAAAGGGGCAGCCACAGGUGGGUGGCAUGUUUGGUGCGGGCGCGAGCCAGCCCGGAGCUUCGCGACACGUUGGGACAUCUUCCGCUCGACGUGGCACUGCGCCGGUCUGGUUUCCGGCGUCGGGUUCAAUGCAGACGAUGCCUUCGCGGGCUUGGAGCUGGAAGAAGAUAUGACCACCCGCACGAAGAGUAG